AUGGGAGACCUGAAGUCGGGUUUUGAAGAGGUGGAUGGCGUGAGGCUCGGCUACCUCAUCAUUAAAGGAAAGCAAAUGUUUGCACUCUCCCAGGUUUUUACAGACCUGCUCAAAAACAUCCCGCGAACUACCGUGCACAAGCGAAUGGAUCAUUUAAAAGUAAAAAAACAUCACUGCGACUUGGAGGAGUUGAGGAAACUCAAAGCCAUCAACUCCAUCGCUUUCCACGCCGCCAAAUGCACCCUGAUCUCCAGAGAGGACGUGGAAGCCCUGUACACAUCCUGCAAAACCGAACGGGUUCUUAAAACGAAACGGAGGAAACUAAGCCGGGCGCUGUCUGCUACCGAUCUCCGGCCGGAGCUCGCUCCCCCCGACCCCUUCUCCGGCUUCUGGAAGGAGAACAAACUUUGGCUGGGUCUGAGCGACUCUCCUCGGCCGCUGCUGCCCGUCCGGAGGAAAGCUCUGCGCCCGGGGGACACAGCCUUGCUACCGGCCGCUCAUCUACCUCACAUUUUUAGUAAAUACACUGGCCACAGCUACCCAGAAAUCGCUCGGGCGCCUUGCAAAUCCCCCGUAAACUAUGAAACGGCGCCGGCGGUGGGCGGCUGCGUGCCCCUGCGUUCUCGUCGCCCGCUCGCCGCCGCGGCGCGGCCCCGGCUCCCGACCGCCGGUCCCCCGCCCCUGCCCGCCCGCUGCCGCCGCCGCCGCCACGGGGCGGCCGCCGCCGCCGUCACGCUGGGCCCCCCCGGCGGCGCCCGCCGGCCCCUGGCCCUGCCCCGGCCCUGUCGGCCCCGUGGCGCCCCGCGGCUGCCGCUGCCUCUGCCCCGCGGCUUCGGGCCGCCCGCCUUCCCCGAGAGCGGUAGCAGCGACUCGGAGUCCAGCUGCUGCUCGGGCCGCGCCGCCCACGACUCGGACUGCGGCUCCAGCCUCUCCAGCUCCAGCGAGGGCAGCUCGGAGGAGGAGGACGAGGAGGAGGAGGAGGACGAGGAGGGCAGCGGCGCCUCGGACUCUAGCGAGGGCAGCUCGGAGGAGGAGGAGGAGGAGGAGGAAGAGGAGGAGGAAGAGGAGGAGGAGGAGGACAGCACCUCGGACUCCGACUCCAGCUCGGUCUCCAGCCAGGUUUCGGUGCAGAGCAUCCGCUUCAGGCGCACCAGCUUUUGCAGCCCGCCCGGCGUGGUCCACGCCAACUUCUUGUACCAUCUGGCGGCCGCCGCCGCCUCCCGGCCCCCGGCCCCGGCGGAGCCCGGCGGGCUGCCCGCCCUCCGCGGCGCUCCCGGCGGAGUCAAGCCGGAGCUGCCGGAGGAGUGGGGCUGCCCCGGCUGGGCUCCCGCCGCCCCGGCGCUGCGCUGCUCCGGCGGCCUGGGGAGCUGCUUCGCGGAGAUAAGAGAUGAUAGGGUAUCCGAACUCACAUUCCCACACUCUGAAUUUUCCAAUAAUGCCAAGAGUACUGACCUAACAAUUAACUGUGUUGCAAAGGGGGCCUCUUCACCUAGCCCAAAGACAAACAAUGCAUUUCCACAACAAAGAAUACUCAGAGAGGCAAGGAAAUGCCUUCAAGCAACUACUACACACCGUGCAGAUAACAAUACAAUAGCUGCUAGGUUCUUAAAUAAUGAUUCUUCAUCAGCGGCAGCAAAUUCAGAGAAAGAUUCCAAAAUCCCUCAUUGUAUUGAAUUUGCCACGGAUUUGCCCUCUUUACAAACUGAUCCUGCGGAGGAUGCUGCUUCUCCAGGGGCAGCAGCAGCAGCUGAGCUCCAGUGCACUGAUACAGGCAAUAAGGCAUUGCCAUUCCUGCACAGCAUUAAAAUCAAAAUAGAGGACAGCAGUGCGAACGACGAGUAUGAGCCUGAUCUUACAACACAUAAGCUAAAGUGUGAGUGCAAUGAUACUAAGGAUGAGUUGUACGGUGUGACUGAGAGUAAUAACCAGGACGUUUUAUUAACAGCCAAGGAAGAUUCUGCAUGCACUGAGAAAGAAACCACUUCCUUAAACCCACUGACUCAGAGUCAGGUCCUCUCAUGCACUUUAGGUACUCCAAAACCUGAGGAUGGGGAGUAUAAAUUUGGAGCAAGGGUGAGAAAAAAUUACAGGACACUGGUUUUGGGAAAGCGACCUGUACUGCAGACUCCUCCAGUCAAACCAAAUUUGAAAUCAGCUCGAAGCCCACGUCCUACAGGUAAAAUUGAGACACAUGAAGGAACACUGGAUGAUUUUACAGUUAACAAUAGACGCAAAAGGGUAGCCAGCAAUGUAGCAUCAGCAGUGAAAAGGCCAUUUAAUUUCAUGGCAAAUUUUCCCUGUCCACCAUCACUAAUUAUUGGCAAUGAUGGGGAUUUGUUGCCAGCUUAUUCCUUAAACACCACUAAGGAUUCCCAACCACCUCACAAGGCCCAUCCUGUAUGGAAAUGGCAGCUGGGCGGUUCUGCAAUACCUCUUCCACCUAGCCACAAAUUCAGGAAAUUUAAUUAA